AUGGUAGAACUGGUAGAAGUAAAGAGGGAAUUAAUCCAAAAGAUUGAAACUGAAAAUGAAAACCUCCAAAGCUUGAGAUCCAUUUACCAACAAAAUCUUAAUGAUAUGAAAUCACGGCUGAUGUCUCUCCCAAAACAUUAUGAAAAACAAAGAGAAGAUAUCCGCAAAACUCGCGCAAGGUCGUUUUUGAAAUGGAAAGAGGAAAUUGAUUAUAUUGCACUCCAGCUUCAAAGACAAUUGCAUGAUAUGGAAUCUCAAGACAUAACUGGGCUAAAGAAACAAGAGGAAUUCUUCAAAGAGAAACUUGCCAGUAUUGAAAUCCUUCUGAGAGAAAACAAAGAUCUAAAAGCCUCAAAUAAGAUUGACAAACUUGUGAGAUUUAAGCCAAACUCGGACAUUUUCACAGAUUUACCAGCAUUGCAAGAAUAUACCAGACCUAAGUUUCACGCGAAAACGUUUGAAGAUUUUAAAUUGAAGGAGCAUUUCGGAGAAAUUUCCGGAAGAGUAUUACUAGAACAUCCAGCAUAUAGAAUACAAAAUGUUAAGGAAAUCAAAAUUUACAAGAAAAUCCUUCUGAAGCAUCCUAGUGUACUGUUCAAAAUCAACAUGAAAUCAAUUUGGAUCGAGGAUAGUUUUGAAUCUUUGACCUCGAUUGUGCAUUUUGGCUACAACAGAGUUUGGGUAGGAGGGAAAAGCAAAUGUUUGGUUCUUGUUGACUUUAAUGGAAACCUUAUUGACGACAUUGAUAUUGCUAGUUUAGGAAAUUAUUUGGCUCUUUCGUCGAAAGGUAAUCUCUUGUUCAGCAACACCAAGGAGAACACGGUUGAUGAAAUUCUUUGCGACAGGACUUUGUCAUCCAUAAUCUUCGCAAGCCCAUGGGAACCAAAAGGUAUGACUUGUACCUCAGCUGGAGAGCUAUUUGUAUGUUUGUACAAAAAAGAUGAUUCUAAAGUCGCCAAAUACACAGACCACGGUGAACUUAUUUCCGAAUUUCAGUAUGAUAAAGAAAACCACCUUCUUUUCAACAUACCUGACUGCAUCGCAGUCAAUGUAUUACAAUGA